AUGGUCACAGACAGGUCAGUUUCACCAGUGCUGCAGGUGUACGUGUACGGAUGCCGACCACUGGACAGGUGGAAGCUCAGGCACAUCCCAGGCCCGCCGCAGGAGUGGCUGACAGGGAAUAUCCUGGAGCACAUGAAGCUGGGCGGCAUAUUCAAGGCCCACCAGUUUUACGCACAGAAGUACGGCCCUGUCUUUGUGGCGCGCAAUGUGCACACUCCCAUCGUCAUGGUGGAGUCGCCCGAGCUGGCACGCAAGGUACUGCUGCAGAACAACUACCGCUGCGUGUUCCCCAACCUGCUGCACGGCGAGGACGCCAAGUUUGAGGAGUCGACCUACCUGGACACGCGCGGCGACAAGCUCAAGACCGUGCGCGGCGCCUGGCAGCCAUUCUUCUUCUCCGGCAGGCGCGCCCCAGCCCCUCCGCUCCUGGAGGGCUUCAUGGGGCUGAUGAAAGAGUCUGCGGACCUUCUGGUGGACAGUGUGGACCUGCAUGCCACCAACGGCCAAGUCAUGGACAUCCACGGCAUGAUCGGAGCCAUGACUGUGCAGGUCGUGGGCACCACUGCCUUCGGGGUGAACUUCCACACACAGGUGGCCGACAAAGCGAGCGAGAAGAACAGCGACUACGUCAAGCGCCUGCUCAAGGCAGUCUAUGAUAUCAUGGCCCCCAAAGCGUUCAGCUUCAGCAUGUACACGCCGCCACUGAUCCUGCUCCCCUUUGCGGCGCCCCUGAUAAAGCGGCUGGCGCACCAUUUUCCGGACGAGGGCCUGUCGCGCGUCAAGGCCGGCCGCCAGGUCAUCAUCGACAUCGUCAAGGAGCUGCUCGCCGAGCGCCGCCAAGAGCUCGCCAUCGAACAGAACCGCACGGCCAAGGGCUUGGGCAAGCUGCGGGCGAGCUUUGCUGAGACGACCGGGGAGCGCCGCGGCGUGGCCCCCGGCAGCUUCGUGGACCUUCUGGCGUUUGUGAUGGUGCUGUCGGCGUACGAGACGACGGCAAAUGCGCUGGCGUUCACGAUGUACCUUCUCUCCAAGCCGGAGAACGCUGGCAAGCUGGCCAAACUGACGGCCGAGAUCGACGCGUUCGGCCGCGAGCGUGUUCCCUCCUUUGAGGAGCUUGACAAAUUCCCCUGGCUGGAGGCGUGCCUGCGUGAGGGCAUGCGCAUUUUCCCGCCGGUGCCGACGCUGACGCGCGAGGCGGAGCGCGACAUGGACCUGGGCGGCUACCGGGUCGCCAAGGGCCAGAUGCUGGGCGUGGCCGUCUACUCCAUGCACAACAACCCCGCCUACUGGCAGGAGCCUGAAAAGUAUCUGCCCGAGCGCUUCAUUGAGGGCACGCCCGAGUGCCUGGCCAAGCCUCUGCACGGCUACCUUCCCUUCGGCGACGGCCUGCGCCAGUGCAUCGGCCUGCGCUUCGCCAUCAUGGAGGCAAAGAUCACCAUGAUCCGGCUCUACCAGCGCUUCACUUUUGAGCUGGAAGCUGGGCAGGACACGCUGGAGCUGCGAGAGACCAUCACCAUCUCGGCUGCAAAUGGCGUGCUUGUCAAGGCCGUCCCGCGCCCGCCGCCCAACAACCUGUUCUAG